CCCAAUGCCACUAUCUCCUCGACGGCCCGCGAGUGUGCAUGGGCACAUUCCCAUUCCGAACGCGACCGACGUCCACCUGGAUUCUUGGACGGAACGGCCCGCGACGACGGUACGCGCCACCAUCGCCGGACUACGCUGUGCACGGUAAUCGCGGCGGUGCCGUCGCCCGAGCUCUGCGACCGUUCCGGUAAACGGACGCUGAACGACCACUUCCUCGUCCGAAUCACUAAGAUAACAAUGAAGGAACGUUCUCGAAAACAAAAGUUUUUGAAAAAUUUUGGUCUUCUAGCCAUUAAGAAUCCUAAGCUUGUAGACGAGGAAAGUGAUUUCAAUAUAUGCGAAAGACUAUGUUUUUAUUACUUUGAUGAUGAUGCACAAGUGGUAUGUCGAGGCUGCUAUAAAAGUUUUAAAACAUGGUUACAUUAUCGAAUGCAUUUUAAUACAUUAACAUGCCAUACAACUGAAGCAAAUUACAAGCUAAACACUUAUAAUGAUGUUUAUAAGAAAUACAAACUAAAGAAAGCUAAGACUAAGAAAAAAAUUAAUGAUCGUUUAAGUGCUGCACAACUUAUGGAUUUGGAAACUUUGAACACUCGCAAAACAAGAAAAAGAUGUUACAAAAACACUAGGACAGUUGUGACGGUUUCAAAAUCUUCAUCAGACUCUGGUUUAUUAAGUUCAGAAAAAUUAAUUGUUAAGGCAAUAAAGAAAGAAACUGUUGAGAAUGUUAUUAGUAGUGACGAAAGUGUAGGAGAGUUGAAAACAAAAUCUAAACCAAAACCAAAAUCAAUUGGUUACAAUACUGUUCAAGUACAAGACAUUCCAAGUAGUACAAAAACUGUAAUUCCAAAUUCACCUCAAGACAAUCAGGCAACAUUAACCAUAAAAACAGAAUGGAAAACUAGUGAUUCAUCACACAUUUCUUCAGACGAUCAAUCAUCGAGCUCUGCUCAUUCUUUACCAAAAUAUAGUCCCCAAAAUAAUGAGGCUUUAAAAUACCAGUAUGUUUGUGUUAUUUGUGAUGCACAAUUUUCGAGUAAAUGUUCACUUACUAUGCACCAAGUACAGCAUAUCAAAUCAGACCGCAGUAGUUAUAACGUUUUUAUGGCUGCAUUAACUCAAUCUACUAAAGUUUAGCCCAUCAAAUGUCAUUUGAAUUAUGACCUAAAGGUAACUAUCCCUAUAAUGAAGUAUCAAGUCCUAUUUUUUUUGUUUUGUUUAUGUUACAAUGGUUUAAAUAAAUUGUUUAUUUGAUGCUUAUGGUAAUAAGCAGAUAUUUUAAGAAAAUAACAGUUUUAUGUAUGCGUCAUUAAAGUUUUUAUCAUAGAAGCAUUACCAUUAAAUUUCACAGCAUAAUGUGACCAAUAACGUCUUUCAAAUGUAUUCUAUUUACUUUUAUUUGAUUCCUAUAUUGUAUUUUUUAUUUUAUAUUAUAAUAAUUGUAACCUUAACCCCACAAUUGAAUUGAGUUCUAGAACACUGAAUGAUAUUGUUUGAUGUUAAGCUUAAAGAAAAAUGUAAUAACUACUAUUACUAGUAACAUUAUUGAGAAUUUUCAUAAAUCAUAUCAAAUAUUAUUGAAUGCAAGUGUAUUUUUAUUUAUUUAUUUAUUUUUAAUUGUUUUUCCAACAAUACCUGAAGUUGCUUUUUUAUGUUAAGUUGGUGAUACUUUAAUAUAGGGCACUAAAUUUUAAGGUUUGCUUUUUAUUUUGUAAAAAAAAAUGCUAUUAUUAACAUUUAAGAUAAUGUUUUGUAUUUUCAGUGUACCUCAUAUAAAAUAAAUGGACAUAUUAAUUUUUC